AAAAAACAAUUAUUUCAAGUUCCAUUUACGAUCGAGGAUAGCAACAGCGAUAAAAAUAAGAAAUAACAAUUGAAUUGCAAUAACUCAAAAAAGAAAACAAAAAAAUGUGAAUCUCCUCGGAAAAAAUGAUGAGUUAUAUAAUGUACAAAAUUAAUAAUGCUAUAAUUAAACAUGAAAUUCCGUCCAAAUGACGACACAUUAUCAAUUGAAUAGGGUGAGUAAAAUUUCCGGUAAAUAAUCGAAGCUAGAGUUAAUAAAUAAAUGCACUGAGCAAAUGUCACCCUCCACCCCUCGCCCGAGUAAUUCCAUAACAAUAGCAGGAAUACGCGUGCGCCCUUGACGCUUUCAAAUAAAAAAAUGAAAUAAUAGUAAUAAAAAUGGUACCCUCGGCGCGCAUGAACUAGACGGCGAGAGCCAUCUGUCUCGAGUCAUCAGUAUAAAUUCACCUGCUCUCCUCGCGGGUCGAGGGAAGUCUCUCAGUGAAAAAGAGAGUCGAAACGUUGUACCACACAACAAUCUCGUGAAAUGAAUGGCCCACUGUUUUCAUCGUUAGGAUAAAUAAAUAAAAAGGUGAUUGGUGUGGUCGGGGUGAGUUGACAGGAGUGGAGAUGAGCUGGGGAGGCUGGGGGAUGAAGUCAAGUACAGACUGAGGACUUGUAUUACCUACCCUCUAGGCGAAUCUCAAACGUUACAGGGGUGAGGAGGUGAUAAUUCCACCAAGGGGGUGAGUUAAGAAGUUGCUAGGGCUCUCAUUAAUUUCAAGUCUUGGAAUUCGAGUGUUACUUGGAGGAUUUUACGAGCACGAGUCCAUGUCGAGGCACUUCAGGUGCUCUCAAACCCCAGAGAGGGUAUUGUCAACAACAUCAAGGGGAUAAGAGUGACGUUGAUGCGUUCGUUGAGGGUAAAAAAUCCCUGGAAUGAGCAGUUGGAAGUGUUGGAGAGUCUUUGAAGAUUAGAGGGCACCUUGGGGGUUAACCUGGAACGUGAAUUUUUUUGUCAGCUGGAGGCUGGAUAAGACUGGAGAUAAGGUGGAAAUUUUUCGAGGCUUUGGGAUUUUUUCUUGGCGAGCUUUGAGGACUCCAGGGAAAAAAUGGCGAAUAAUAAACAACCUGUGGUUAAUGCUGUGCAGACCAAGGCUGUGGAGGUGUCACAGCAGCUCCAGGAGGGCGAGAAGUUCAUCAAGUGGGAUGAGGACUCUGGUGUUGCUACGCCAGUUACUCUCCGAGUCGAUGAAUUUGGGUUUUAUCUUCACUGGGUGGAUCAGAACAACGAAGUCGAUAUGAUUGAUAUUGCUGUGAUACGUGACGCUAGAACUGGAAAGUUUGCGAAAAUACCAAAGGAUCCAAAGUUGAAAUCACUCGUGACAAUGGGAAUUCAGGACAGCUUGGAGGACAAAACCGUUACAAUCUGCUAUGCCUCGGACUUUGUUAAUGUAACAUUUAUAAAUUUCUGUGCAACAAGAGCGGAAAUUGCACGACAUUGGACUGAUCAGUUACUCCAACUUGCAUACAAUUUGACCCAGUUGAAUAGUAGUACAACAAUGUUUCUGCAGAAAGCCCAUACAAAACUUGUACUGGGGGCUGAUAAAACUGGAAAAAUACCCAGUAAAAACAUAAUAAAAAUGUUUACAUCCAACAAGGAGGACAGAAAACGAGUGGAAAAGGCAAUGGAGAAUGCGUCGUUGCCAUCAGGAAAGAAUGACGGUGUGCCAAUUCAGAAAUUUCAAUUCGAGGAUUUUUUCAAUUUCUACAAGUCACUGACCCAACGCACUGAGGUUGAGAAAAUUUUCGAUGAAAUCACUGGAAAUACUAAGCGCCGACUUAUGAAUGUCAAUCAGCUGGUGGAAUUUUUGAAUCAAUCUCAGAGAGAUCCUCGCCUCAAUGAAAUACUGUAUCCUUACGCCAAUACAGCUAGGGCCAAGGAUAUUAUUAAUCAAUAUGAGCCGAAUAAGUUCAAUGCUGGUAAGGGACAUCUGAGUUCCGAUGGAUUCCUGAGGUAUUUGAUGAGCGAGGACAAUCCCAUCGUUGCCAUGUCCAAGUACGAAUUGUCGGAUGACAUGGAUCAACCCCUCGCUCAUUACUUCAUCAAUUCUAGUCACAAUACUUAUCUAACCGGUCACCAAUUAACUGGAAAAAGUUCAGUGGAAAUCUACCGCCAGUGUCUCCUAGCCGGUUGUCGUUGCGUAGAGCUUGACUUUUGGAAUGGAAAAUUUGACGAGCCCGUAAUUGUUCAUGGAUACACAUUUGUGCCUGAAAUAUGCGCUCGGGAUGUAAUCGAGGCGAUAGCAGAGAGUGCCUUCAAAACCUCGGAAUUCCCAGUCGUGCUCAGUUUCGAGAAUCACUGCAAUCCCCGACAACAGGCUAAGAUCGCUCAGUAUUGUAGGGAGUACUUUGGUGAUAUGUUGCUUGCUGCCCCACUCGAGUCGCACAAGCUCGAGCCCGGCCAAGAGCUCCCACCGCCUGCCCUUCUUAAGCGAAAGAUUAUCAUAAAAAAUAAGAAGAAGCACAGAAAUCACAAAAAAGAGCAUAAAAAGCACCACCCAGUGGGGGUGGAGGGUGGAGUUCCUCAGGAAUCGGAUGAAGCAGCUAAUGCCGAAGGGGAGAAUGGCCCACCUCCAGACAUAAUUCCCCAGAAUGACAUGGAUGGGGUUUUACCAGUGGGCAAUGGAGAAGUGGCUCAUCCUCCCAGCAUGGUUCUGCAGCCACGUCAGUCCUCGAAAGACAGUAAUCAGGACGAGGACGACGAGGAGGAUGAGUCCAGCACCGAAGAGGACGAGUCAAACGUAGAGGAUAUUAAAAUCAGAAUGGGUGAUAAAGUUGCAGCAUCAGACAAAGUGGCAUCGACAGCUAAAGAGACAGAGGCUGGUGAGGAGAUUUCAGCUCUAGUCAAUUACGUCCAACCAGUUCAUUUCAACAGCUUUGAGAGUGCCGAGAAGAAAAAUCGUACGUACGAGAUGUCAUCAUUCGACGAGAAACAGGCGACGACACUCUUGAAAGAACGACCUCUUGAGUUUGUCAAUUACAACAAGCAUCAGUUGUCCAGAGUGUACCCAGCUGGCACUAGAUUUGACUCGAGUAAUUUCAUGCCCCAGGUCUUCUGGAAUGCUGGCUGUCAAUUGGUAGCUCUCAAUUAUCAAACACUUGAUCUUGCCAUGCAGCUUAAUAUCGGGAUAUUCGAGUAUAAUCAGAGGUCGGGGUACUUGUUGAAGCCAGAAUUCAUGAGGAGGAAGGACAGGCGGCUGGAUCCUUUUGCUGAAUCAACGGUCGAUGGUAUUAUUGCUGGAACUGUUGUCAUUCAUGUGCUCUCUGGUCAAUUUCUCAGUGACAAGAGGGUGGGAACUUACGUUGAAGUUGAUAUGUACGGAUUACCAGCUGACACUGUCAGGAAGAAAUUCAAGACCAAGAUUGUUCCCAAUAAUGGAAUUAAUCCUGUCUAUGAUGAGGAGCCCUUUGUUUUCAAGAAAGUUGUCUUGCCUGAAUUGGCUUCACUCAGAAUAGCUGCUUACGAGGAGAGUGGAAGGCUCAUUGGACACAGAGUACUGCCUGUUGUGGGGCUGUGCCCUGGAUACAGACACGUCACUUUGAGAAAUGAGUGUGGACAGCCAAGACCUAUUGCUAGUCUAUUUCUUCAUGUUAUUGUUAAGGAUUACGUGCCAGAUGGAUUCAGUGACUUUGCCGAGGCUCUUGCUAAUCCUAUUAAAUAUCAGAGUGAACAGGAGAAGAGGGAAAAACAGCUGGAGAGAUUGACUGAUGCUAAUGAUGGAUUCGAUGAGGACGAGGAUAAAGAUAGAAUUGGUGGUGGAACGAGUGCAUCUAAAUCAGUUGAUGAAUCGACGAAAAUGAAAAGACUGCAGUCCCAGGGAGAGCUGCCAACGCCAACGUAUCCGUCGGGUAGUCCCCACGGGAGGCUCCCAACAGUUGGAGCUAGUGUACCUGAGACACCUGAUCAGGAAGACGGUCCCGCAAAUCCAGCAGCUUCAACAGUCGAUAGUGCUGCUAAUAAAACUCCAUUAACAGUCGUUACAAUUGGCGAGGAAAUAGUCGCGGAGAGUCUCGACAAACUAAUGAAUAAUAAAGUGGUGAGAGAGAAGAAGAUGGAGCUCGAUAAGAAAUUAGAAGCACUCAGGAGGAAGCAGGAGAAAGAGAAGCUGCGAUUGCAGUCGCAGAAGGGCUCGAUCGAUGGAGAGAAGCACAAAUCAAAAUUUUACACCACGAAAUUAGUGAAGCGUCUCUCUACUAAGAAUAUUUUUUCCACCGAUACGAGUAUCACUCCAUUGCCAGAAACAUCAGAGAAUCCUGAAGUGGGGAAGGAUGGAGUGGAGGGCAGGGGAUUGCCGAGGAGUCAGAGCGAACGAUUAUUGACAGUAUGCAAGGAGCAUGUCAAUCAAGAAAGGGAAUUGCAGGAGAAAUAUCAUGAGAGUGUGUUCAGUCUUGUUGAGAAAGUGAUGAAGACGUCUCAGACGAAUCAACUGAAGACUCUCAGAGUGUUGCUGGAACGAGAGACUAAUAAUGCUAUGAGAAAACUGCAGGAUAUUCGUCAUGGAGAGGUGAAGCAGCUAGCAAAAGUACACAAAGACAAAGCUGAAUUAGACCGAAUGAAACGUGAAGUAGCCAAGACGACUGUGGAAAAAGGGGUCAAUGAGUGCACCAGGUUAACAGAGAUUUAUGAGAAAAGAAGAUGUGAGUUGGAGAGACAGCAUGAGGAAGUUCGACAAAGGCUGGACGAGGAGAGGAAUAAGGUAAGGCAACAACUUUGUGCUGAUUACACUAGUCGUUACAAGAAGUACGAGAGUGGUGAGCUGCCAGUAUCGCCAUCAGGGGGUACAAGCAUUCCUGAAGCCCUGAGUAGCACAACGUACUGAAUCAACAUUUGAGAAAAAAAAAAUCGAAAUAUGAGAAAAGAACAUGAUGGGGUCUAGAGGGUACGAGAUGUACAUCUCGAUUUUUAUCCCUCGCCCUUCGGCGGCGAACAAUAAAAGAGAGAUUUAAUUAUUCAUUGGGCGUGGGUGACGUGGAUUGUCCCAGGGCUACCAUUCAAUUCUGGAUAUACAACAGUGCCACGUGCUCCUGCUGACGUCGAGGAUCAAUGGGGUUUUAUUCGAACGUCGUUUGGCAAGUUAUUCAUGUACAUAGCAGUAAUCGAAUACAUUUCAUGAUAUUUCACGUUGUCCGAAACAAUUUUCGCAGUAAUUUAAUCGUCUAUGAUUGCCAUUCUAAGGAUAAACGAGGAGAACAUUUUAUCUUUUCGUCAGUUAUUUUUAGUUUAUUUUUCUACAGUAUUAAAUAUUUGGAGAAUGCAAAAUUUUUAGAAUAUUCAGUAAUAGAUAUUUGAGACGUAGAGAUUAUUUAUUCUACGAAUGAAAGAUAUACCGAUUCUAAAUAAGUGUAAACUGUUUUUCAAAAGAACAAACCGCAAUGACAAAAUAACUGAGAAAAUAUAUUAACGAUUGCGCUUCACCUUGUUGUUAUAUACAUAAGACGUUAUUUACUCAAGGAAUAAUGAUACAAAUGGAUUCUAAUUGCGUCCUAAAUUUGAAUAUUCAUGGUUCUUUUUUAUUGGGGGUAGUUGACAUUUUUUUCUGAUUGAGGGGAGACGAGUCAGGAACACUAGGAGAUUUAUUACUCGAUACAGGCUUACAUCCUCAGAUGAUUCAAUUGCAGAUUGUUGAGUAAAAUAGAAAGGGCAUAAUUAACUGGAUUAUGAGUUGGAUGGUAAUGGCGAAUUUUCCAGAUUUUUAUUUUUCAUUUGGAAGUAGUGAGAGGGAUCUUGCGAAUAUCUGAUUAUUUAUUUAUUUAUUCAAUUGCGAUAUUUAUGGGAGUCUAUGUAUUUAGGGAGUAGUGAGUAUGAAGAAUAAGCUGAUAUAAGAAUUAACGACAGCUCUGAAGGAAGACAAUCAAAUAAAAUCAAUGAAAUUAAUGAAAAUGUUACACACUGUAAGGCAUUCUUGGGAUUUAAAUGUCCCUCGUUGUUUCUAAUUUCAAUGAUGACGAAAAUUGAAUUCAUAUAAUGGAAUCCUCAUUAAUCUAAUAUUGAAUAUAUUAAUAUACCGUAAACAUCGUAUGAUCGCGUUGUUACCUUUACUUGUUCUCCUCCUUUCCGGCUGGAAAACGAUUUUCUAGGGAUAGUAUUUGCAUUUAGAACAAUUCGAGCGAUAAUUGUGUGGAUUUAAAUUGAUAAAUAAGUGAAUGAUAGAGUAAUCAUCUUCUGAUACGUGGAUUGUCGUCAGGGAGUUCUCAACGCAAAUAACUUUCAUUUAUUUCGAGUGGGGAUUUGUGAUACUAAAGGAUCUCAAAGCAAUCGUAGGAUCGAAAUAUAGGAAUCUAACGGUUGAACAUUUGGGGAGGGAUGGCUAUAAAGUCAUAGAAACAUUUUAAAUGAUACAAUCGUAUGAAAGUUGACUGAUACUUGAUAAAUUAAUAAUAAAAUUCUGGAUGAUGGGAAUAUUGAGGAAUUUAUUUAUUUGGAAUUACUAUCAAAAUUUUUUCAUUCACUGGGCAAAUAAUGAAUGAUAAUUGUUUGAGGGGGAAAAAAAAUCAGGAGUUGUCGAUUUCAACUGAUCUCUUAAGUCCAUCAAUCCGUUAUUACUUAAGAUUGCAUUUUCAUAGGAUAGUGUAUAUUGUAAAAAAAAUUGUAAUUAAGAGAUCAAGUGCAAGUGAAAAUAAUCAGUGUAUUCUUUCUCCGAUGAAAGUCAUGAGCAGUCUCAAUGAAACGAUCAUUUUUUAAUAAUUAUGAAUUGUCAAGAAAUUCACAUUGAAUAACGGAAAUUAUUUUUUAAUGUUAAAAUUAAGAGGAAUAAUCGAGGAUUCAGCGAGAUUGAGAUCGAUAGCGAAUACUGGCAAUUUCAAAUUCAAGGCUGCAACCUAUGAAAAAUUAUGAAUUAAGAUUCAAUCAAAUAAUCGAAUGAAAACUGUAAUUAAAGAAUAAUUUUGAAUAUUAGGCUCCACGUGGAUAUACUAUAAAUAUACAGAUAUAUGUAUACCUAUAAGAAGGAAACAAUAGAGAUUAUUAUAUUCGCGUUGAUGAACAAAAUGAUUAUGUGUUGUUGCUGUUGAUGUUGUUUGAUGAUAAAUGUAGCUGAAGUCGAAGUAGAUAGAUGAAAAUAUUUGGUGACUGUCAUUGAUCAUGUGAAUAGUGGUAUAGAGGAAUUUUAAAAAAUGCUAUUUUGUGCUGGAGGGUGAGUUGAACACGAGAGUAUAAAACCAACUUCCAGAAUCCAAUAAUUGAUAGGAUAGAAAAAUAAUAAGUGAUUGUCUCUGAGUGUACAUCAAGAGAUUGAGGAUAAAACUUUAUGAGUCCCUCAGUUCUGAAAAAAAACUGAAAAUAAUGGAAUUUACGUUCCAUUUGACACCAUUGGUCUUCCCAUUUGAUAAAAAUUCCGUAAAUCUUCCUUCACAAAUUGUAAUAUUUUUUGCCCCUCACGAACGGACGAGACCGGGAAUAACCGCGAAAAAUCCAACAGAUAUUUAUUGAUGUUUAUAUGGAUUUCGAUUGGAAAAAGUAUCAGGUUGUCUCCAGGCAACUUUCACAGAAGUCAUCUGCCUGAUGUCUGAAGUGUUCAUUUACCCAGUCACUAGCUCGAAUGAAGCUGCAGGUAGAUGACUCAACUGAACUCAAUGAGGAUUCUAUUAAUCAGAAAAUUUCAUGGUGCCACAUUGAUGAUUUAUCGAUCAAUGGUACAGUUUGUGUUCUAGGUGUAAGUGUAGUUGAAACGGCCUACAGACUAAUCGUAGCUAAUACUUUAUGAAAAAAAAGCUGAAAUAAUAGAAUCUCUUCCAUUUUGAACAAAUACAUUAAAUAAAUUUGGGAAUCGAACAAAAAAUAUUGCUACAACGAUCUUCUGUACCUGAUCGAUGCCAAUUUAAAUAUCAAGUCGUAUAGUUUUUGAAGGAGAAGAUAUGACAGAGAUAAAACCAAAGUAACAACGAGGACAGAUAAUUGUGGUAUGGAAAUCUAUAAUUUAGGUAUCGACUAUGCGCCAGGGUUAUUCGGUCAGGCAUUAUUUUUCCAUUUUCGGAGUCACUUUGAUUCAAAAAAAAGGCGAGGAAUCUUUUUAAGCUGCGAAAAAUUACGUUGCUAUGGGCAGAGUAUAUCCAUAACUUUGAGGGAAGAUGCCCUUCAAGACUCUCUGAUAGUAUCGAAGCUACGAAGUCUCUCUAGAUACUUAAAUGAUAAAAUGGGAGGUGAUGAAAGGCAAAAUAGAGAGGGGUAUUCAAGUAAUAAUGAGUAAUGAGUACCGGAUGAGAACUCUGUAUUUAUCGGGAUCUGAGGUGAUACGAGGGUCUUCAUUAUAAAAUAUAAUUCUUAACGUCGAUGUUGCAUCAGCUCAUUUGUGGGAGAUGCGCACAUUUUUUAUGAAAGAUUUUAAUGAAGUCUUUCAGUUUAAUGAAGAAUAUUUGCUCCUUUAUUUCAUGGUUUUUAUUCUCAACUCGAGAAUUUGAACUCGAUAAUUUUCUUGCUCCUUUCCCUCAUUUUUAAGUGUUGAUUUAUUAUUGUUAGACUGUUGUCGAAGUCUCAAAACUAUUUGUUACUGUUCCAUCGUACAAUUGAUCAUUUUAUGACGAAUAAUUCUGUUAACACGUGAAAAUGGUUGGCGUUAGAUAAAUGCGUGUGUGAUACGUACAUUUACAAGGAGUAAGCAAUGCUCUGAAUUAAUCUUGUAAUUUUUCGAUUACGAUGUCGUACCGUCGAUAGCUCCAUUUUGUUGACUUCCAUUUUGUUUUAUUGUUUUCUGAUUGGGAGGUAAUUUAAUUAGACAAUAACAAUCUGUCCUGUUGAAUUCUGUUUUUAGCGUUUAUUUUUUUUUCAAAGGAAUGAAGUUAUUGUACCAAUCAGAAAAAUCGAAUCAAAUUUCCACGAUUCAAUGUUUCAUGAGUUCUAGAAUUAUUGUCACGCGUUUUGCAUAAUUCGCGUGCAUAUUUUAUUGUGGGCAAAUUAAACGAUUGAAUUUUUAUUCUCAUAAUUAAUAAGUGCGUGAAGAAGAUAGUACUAGCUUCAGUACUUUUUUCAUUUGGUAGCGAAAUGUGCGGGGAAGACGGAGAAAUGGCACGAGAAGGAAAUGAAAUUGACGAGAAAUAGUGGAAUUAGAUGGAAAUUUAUGAGAAAAAGUCGUAGAAAUACUGAGGAAGUAGUGAAUAUUCAUGUUUUAGAUAAUUAAGUCCCAAUUAGCGCAGCGAGCGAAUAACCAAAGUCGAUUGAUUUAUUUGAAAUGUGAGAGUGUUCACAAAUCGGUUUUUUUACCGAAGUUUUUUCGUUCUAUUCUCAAUUGUUCUUACCACCUGAUGUUGUUACCUUUCUAAGCUUUAAUUGUUAUAAUAUUGCCGACAAUAAGUUGGAGAAUGCACUUUUAAUGAAAUAGCUUCUGUGCUCAUCUGUGAGUCCUAUACGUCGGUGGAAAAUACAUUUUUAAAUACAAAAACAAUUAAUUUCUGAUGUGCUAUUAGCAUUAUGUGUACGUGAAUAUGCCCUAUAUAUUUUACAAUGAAAGUACAUAAUCGUUAACCUGUAAAUGCGCAAUUAAUAUUGUAAAAACUACUCUUAAAUCUUUUGGUAAUCCGUUGAAGGACGAAUUAUCAUUUUAAUUUUCAAACAAAAUUAUCAAGUGGGCGAAAAAACUUGAGAUUAUGAUGACAGAAGAGUUUGUAAAAAUCAUCCAAUGAUUUUUCUCUUUGACUAACUCUGUGCCUUGCCCUCGAACAUUCCCCUUUCAAAGAUUUUCUGUACCCGAGAAAAGAAAAAAAUAAAGUGUAAUCCCUUUCUCGAUCUGUUUUUCAAAACGAAAGAAUGAAAUUAAUAUUAAUAAAGAGAUAAAUUUCUUCGAUGUUCGCUUCUAUCGAGACAAGUGAUUACGUUUGCAUAAAAUUAUGAUUAUAUCGUAAGAAUUGAUAAUUAAACCCAUACGGAAAUAACCGAUAAGAAUUAUCGAUAUUAAAAAUAGGCAAUUAACGAUUAAAUGGAUUUUCAUGUUGUUGAUGAGUUCCUGGAGAACUUGGAGAAAAGGUAGCAGUUAGAAACAUUGAAAAUUGACUUCCGGCUUUUGUUGAAAUAUUAUCUCCAAUGUAUUCUAUUAAUUCUGUGGAUGCAUGACAUUUUUUAACAACUUUUGUUUGAUUAUUCUUUCUAAGUUUUAGCAGGAUUGUCUGAUUUAGCAAAUUAUUGUUCAUCUGAUGUCAUUUUCCGAGAUGAGGUAUGAGAUUUCGGGAGUCGGAGUGAAUGAGAUAAAUCCAAUCAGUGUUUAAUUAGAUCGAUAGACCACUAUUGUAGUACCGACUGUUUUUUCUAGUGACUUAGAAUAGUAAAAUUGUUACCGGCAAUAUGAAAAGAAAGAAAAAACUAAUGUUGUAAGACUAUUAUGUAUAUGACUAUUAUGAUGAUCUGUGGAUAAUAACGAAAUAUAUAAAUGGCUAUACCGUA